AGACCACAAGCCAAGUUCAACACUCAAAAUCUGAAGGACCAGGCUACAAAGGACAUCUUCAUUGCAAGCUUAAAGGAAAAAGCCGAGACACAAAUCAACACCAACGAAAACGUCAGUGUCGAAAAGCACUGGGACAACCUGAAAACGGUGUGGAGUCAAACCUGCAUAGAAGUUCUAGGCAGAAAAAAGAGACAGGACAAACAGUGACUCACUACGGACACUUGGAGACUAAUAGAAGAAAGAAGGAUGGUGAAAGAAAAGAUUAUCCAGUGCACUGACGAGCAACAAAAACAGGAGCUGAAUGCAAGCUACAAUACACUGAACAAAAGAGUGAAGGAGAGUGCCAGGGAAGACAAAAGAAAAUAUUAUGAAACCAUGGCAAACGAAGCAGAACAAGCUGCAGGCAAAGGCGACCUCUCCACACUCUACCAAACAACUAGGCACCUUUCGGGCAAAAGUUCGACACAGAUUAAGCCAAUAAAGGGCGACAAUGGAAAGUCAAUCACCAAAGAGGUGGAACAGAGAAAGCAUUGGGCUGAGCACUUCAAAAGACUUCUAAAUCGUCCGCCACCUACAACGCGCCCAACAAUACCAACAACGGAAGCAGAACUACCAGUGAACAUUGACCCCCCGACGAAAUCAGAAGUCCUGAAUGCCAUUAAGAUGCUAAAAGCUGGGAAAGCAGCAGGACCAGAUAGAAUCCCAGCAGAAGCUUUGAAAAUAGACCCAGAGACAACAGCGGACUUGAUGACGCCACUGCUCGAGAAGGUGUAGAAAGAGGGCGAAGUACCCGAGGAUUGGAAGAACGGAUACUUAUUCAAACUACCAAAGAAAGGAGACUUAAGUCAAUGUAAAAACUGGCGUGGAAUUAUGCUUCUGUCCAUUUCAAGCAAGAUACUAAGUCGCAUCAUUCUGGAGAGAAUCAAACAAGCCCUAGAUGAAAAACUUCGACCGGAACAGGCCGGAUUCAGGAGAAACAAAUCAUGUAUUGAUCAAAUCGCCACUCUACGGAUCAUCAUUGAACAAAGCUUGGAAUGGCAGUCACCUCUCUAUCUCAACUUCAUCGACUUUCAAAAGGCCUUCGACAGCGUCGAUCGAGAGGUCAUUUGGCAACUACUUUGCUACUACGGGGUCCCAUCGACAGUUAUACAUCUCAUCCAACAGCUAUACGACAGUGCUGCAUGCCAAGUAAUCCACA